AGUCCCAACUUGUCUCGAAAUCACGUUCUCACAAGUUCUUAGACCUAAGAAUUGCGUUGGUAAUAUGGCGCCCUCCCAGGAAAACGACAAUGCAGUCUCUGCGGGCGUGCAACAGGACGACUUGACUAUUCCACUGAUAAAUUUCUCAACCUUUCUAAACGGUGACUCAAAAACGAAACAAACCACUGCAUCGGCAAUCCUACAUGCAUUCCGAACCAGCGGAUUCCUUUACCUCUCCAACGCCGGCAUUUCGCCCAGCACCGUCCAAACCGUUUUCAGUAAAUCCGCCAAAUUCUUUAACCGUCCCGAAGAACAAAAGGAAGCUCUGACCUGGGAGACACCAGAGUCAAAUCGUGGAUACGUGAGGUUUGGCAGAGAGAAAGUGACGCAAUCGGCCGACCCUGAGGAGAUAUUGCGUCUUCGGACAUCUAAUCCAGAUUAUAAGGAGACUAUGGAGAUUGGACGAGAAGGCGUUGAGGGUCUACCGAACAAAUGGCCUGACUCAUUUGAUGAAGAGGGUAAAGAAUUCACCCGUGUGAUGCGAGAAUUUCAUGACACGUGCAAAAAACUUCAUAUGCAGGUUAUGCGUGCUAUUGCGCUAGGAAUGGGUUAUGAGGAGACGUUCUUUGAUGAAUAUACCGAUGCAGGCGAUAAUAAUCUCCGAUUAUUGCAUUACCCACCUGUUCUCAAGAGUGUGUUCGAGAACAAUCCGGAUGCUGUGAGAGCGGGGCCCCAUUCAGAUUAUGGUUCCAUCACGCUACUCUUUCAAGAUGAUAUUGGCGGUCUUGAGGUAAAAUCUCCGCAAAACACAUGGGUGCGCGCGGUACCCAUCAAGGAUACCAUCGUUGUGAAUGCGGGCGAUCUCUUGGCAAGAUGGAGUAAUGACACAAUCAAGAGCACAAAUCAUCGUGUUGUCCAGCCUCCAGCUCCUUCUACCUCGGAUGAGUCGAAGGACGAAUCGGAUCUAUAUCCCACACGAUAUAGCGUGGCAUAUUUUUGCAAUCCCAACUUUGACAAGAUUAUCGAAGCGCUGCCGGGAACUUAUGGAGAUGUUAGUGAGAAAAAGUAUCAGCCCAUCAAAAGUGGUGACUAUUUGACGAUGAGAUUGGCUGCUACAUAUUGAGCCAUUUGUCAUUAGAUGUACGUAUUGAAAUAUUCAAGAUAUUCGAUCAAUCCUGAUCAGGGCCUUGGAGGAAUUGUAUUGGUAGUCAUAGCCAUCGAACUAUCAUCAGCUCCGCGCCAGCUAGGGCUGAAUCUGAUGGCCGAAUAUUGUCCACCGGGAUUUGCUAACUGUCGGCUAUUUGGUCUUGACUUCGAAGAAGUACGUAGUCCACAAUCUAAAGAGGUUUAAUUG